UCUUCCCCACCUCCCACUACAUAUUCCCACCUCUCAAACAAUACUUACACCUUCCAAUCUAUACACACAAUAAUGGGUAUUUGCAGCUCCUGCGAGUCCACCUCAGUGGCCACAGCCAAACUCAUUUUACAAGACGGAAAUUUACAAGAAUACCCUUACCCCGUCAAAGUAUCACACGUCUUGCAGAAGCACCCAUCUUCUUUUAUUUGUAACUCUGAUGAUAUGGACUUCGACGACGUCGCUCAGCCCAUUCCUGACGAUCACGACCUCGUUCCUGGUCAACUGUACUUCGCUCUUCCGUUGACUCGGUUGCGCAGGCCGCUUCAGGCGGAGGAAAUGGCGGCAUUGGCUGUUAAAGCCAGUUCUGCAUUGUCUAAAAGUGGCGGCGAAAAAUGCGGGUGUCGCCGGAAAAAUGUGAUUUCCGGUGGCGCUAAGAGUGCUGGGAAGUCGUCGUCUCGCCGGGUGGCGGAUGGCGGUGGCGUUGGGGUGAGAAACGGCGGGGGGAGAAGUAGUAGGAGGAAUUUUACGGCAGCAUUGAGCGCUAUUCCUGAAUAGGCUGAGGAGGGUAUUUUUGUAAAUAGCAUCAUGUAUUAGGGUAAUGUCUUUAGUCUAGAUUUUAGCGAUUUAUUAAAAUCUCGUUCCAUUCCGGUCAUCGGUUAAAAUCUCAUCGUCGAAACGACACAUUUAAUUGAUGGUUUGAAUCGCGGUGGUCCUAUUAAUACUCCGGCGUUGACUUUUUGAAUCCAGCUAUAUUCGUUA